CUCAGCCCGGCUCUCACGGUAGAGGCGGCAGCGAGCUCCAGCCGCGUCGCAGCCCCGUGCUGCAGAGAGGCCGGCAGGCGACGCAGCAAGGGACCUGGCCGGGCUCUGCUCACACCUCUCGCGCGCAGCUGGGGUCAUGAUAUACUGAAAACCACACAAGAUAAAUCUGGGGAGGCAGGAAACCAUAAAGACCACGUUCAGACCGUAAGGAUAAAGGAAAGAAAGAAUUUUGGCAUCGCCCUUCACCUCUCUUAGAAAUAACAGCACAUUUUAAUCAGAGAUUUCACCUGGGCCACAGGCCACGGGCCACCAUGGAUGUGAACCUUGAUGCCCUUGGGGGUCAAAAGGAAACAAGUGACAGCAGCAAGGGAAGCGACAGCCCAGGAGUCCAGCAAGAUGCUGUGAUGAGGACAAAUUCAUCGGAGAUGACUGAUGUGGAGUCUGUGAUCAGCAGCUUUGCAUCUUCAGCAAGGGCAGGCCGACGCAAUGCCUUACCUGACAUCCAGAGUUCCGCUGCUACAGGUGGAUCCUCUGAUCUUCCACUGAAGCUGGAGGCAUUGUCCAUGAAGGAAGAUGUUAAAAAGAAGAGUGAAGAGAAAGCACAAGACCAACUGAAAAAGUCCCUAAAUGACGAAAAAUGAAGACUUACAAUUUAUCCAGGGUGUUGAUUUUAUGCACAUUGGGAGACAUAGUGGCUAUGCCUUCCUGAAGUGUUUGAUCUGGUAGUAACUGUGGUAAUGUAUGCGUUUUAGGUAAUUUUAAUGUGCUGCUCUGUCCUUAAACCGCAACCAUGAUACCCAAAUAGGUUAUUAAAAGGUAUUACAUUCAAAUUGCACACUGUUUAUACAUCCAAUGAAGUCCACUGUCUAUCUUGGGAUUUACUUAGUCAGAUGUGUGUUUAACUAUGUUCUUAUUGAUAUGCAUAAACCAAAACCUAUUAAUUUAAUACUUUGCAGAAUUUGUAGGAAAUUAUAUUUUUAGUGAGAUGGUAUUAGUAGUAAAAAAAAAAUCACAGGUAUAAAAUGUGUUUAUUUUUAAUCAAAACUACACCAUAUUUCCCCCAAAAGUUAAGAGAGAUCUGCAAAUAUUGUAAAAGUUGUGACAACAUAAACAUCUCUAGGAUGCUUUUGUCCAAUGUAUUUUGCAUCUAGUCUGUGUAUACUGUGAUUUUUCUUAUGGAUGCACAGAAUGUAAAAUUUGUGGCAAAUUGCUUACGUAAAAUAUGUGUAAUAAAUAAAUUGCACUAUAUUCCUUAACUUGGCUCAUGUGUAUGUCUUGUUUUAUGUAAAUUGUACAAGACAUUGUGCGAAUUUCUCUAGACUGUCUUUUCUUCUCUGGACUUCUGUAUGUGUGCAAAUUGUUGCUAAAGUAAUUUCAUCAGGUGUGCUGACCUUAAUUUUUAUAUUUUUCCUAAGUAGUCAACAUGGCAGUAAUCACUUUAAAUAUUUGCAUAAUAUACUGUAAGUAAAAUUUGCAAAAGACAUGCUUUUAAUAUAUGUUUAAUUAUACAUUUUUUUUAAAAAAAGAACUGAAACAAAACCAAGGUGCUAACAAAUUUUAACCUGUUACAUAGUUUAGAAAAGUAAUAUAAUUCUUAAUCUUAAAUUUUUUUGAAUAAUUAUAUAU